GCAGUACAUGGUGGCCAUUCCUGCGGUUCUUGAAGCUGGAGCGGAAGCCAAAUUUUGUGCAAGUCUCCUUCAGCCCAAUGAGGCUCUGGUCAUGACUGUCAAUUUGAUAUCUGCAUUGAAGAACACAACCCUUCUCACACACACAUCCAAUGAAGAGUUUCAUACUUGCGUUCAAUUUAAGGCUCCUCUGGUGCAGAAGAAAGAGAUGCAGAAGGUUGAGGUGGAAGUACAAGGCAACACAUUUUAUUCAAAAGAAGUCAGGAAAGUUAUGAUCCAAGUCUAUGAGCCCAUGACAUUUGUCCAAACAGAUAAACCCAUCUACCUCCCUGGACAAACAGUGCAUUUCAGAGUUGUCACAAUGGACACGAAACUCAGACCUGCCAAUCAGCUGUACAAUAACAUCAACAUUGAGGUAAGUAAAUACACACACACACACCUGGACAGUUACUUUAAGAACAGCAAACAACACGAUGCCCAUGUAUAG